CACACACACACACACACACACACACACACAAUAUAAAGCUUGAAAGGGUUGUUAAGGGGCUAUAGGGUACAGCAUUUGCUGACCAAAAAUAGUUACUUUAGUGACUUUAUUAUUUGACAAAGUACUAAAAGAUGAAGCCAUAAUAGCAAGUUCAUUAUUAAUGUGUAAAAUAGAGAAGAGGGGGUUCAAAAGCCUACAUUUAUGAAUGAAGAAUUUUCCAAAGCAUAAACGGUUAUUAACCAGGUAAUGCUGUGUACAAUUUUCUUUAGUUACACCAAAUUUAACUUGUUUAUACAAAAAUGGUUUACAUGGAUAUUGACAUGAGACAUUCUGUCAUGUACAUGAGCCCAAAAUAACUCUUGAAUAUAUGCAAUUGUAGAAAAUAAGCUCAGUGAUUUCAAUAUCACUCUCACAACAUUGACAAGAGUUGUCUUCAGUAUCAAAUUUUAAUCCCAGGGAUUCUUUUGAUGAAUACACAUCAAUGAUUGUAAACUGAAACUCUUUCAUUUUGAGAAAAUUAGAUAAGAAAUGUAAAUUGUUCUUAUUUUUUCUAAUUCCUGCAAAUUAAAAUCUUUAAAAAAAUAAAAUGAGGUCUGAGCUGAUCAGGAUUAACCCUUUGAAUAAGAAUAUUCCUUAAAAACUUAUAAUUACAUUUUGUGUCUCUAAAACAAAAAGUCCUCAAAAACAGAGAUGGAAGAGAAAACAUUACAGAAUAGUGUGAAGGAAAACCUCUGAUCAAUACUGUGAUGUUUUUAGGAAAAGCAUUAAUAAUUGUGUAAAACUCUUUAGUUGACAAACAAAACCAUGUUUUAAGCAGAAGUUAUUGUAAUUAGGAAUGUCACCAUGGCUAUCCAUCAUAUCCAAUAUAGAAAAAAAAUAUUAUUUUUAACCUAAUUUUUCUAAAAUAAAAACUUAUUUUAAUAUAAAAUAAAAUGAUUGUUCCAUAAACAUGCUUUAUGAGGACUGGAAUUGUGGGAAAGUGCUAGUUUCAGCACAAUAGGACCUGCAAACAAAGACAGUUCAAAAUCACAUCUGAUCAAAAAGUCAAAACCACCUAUUUUGCAAAAUACUGCAGAAGUAACUUUAAGCCAUAUACUGUUUGUGUUACAAAGAAAUGAUCUUAGCCACUGCGUUUUUAGAACCCUGUUCAUUAAUUCCAGGUCAAUAACAUUUAGGCCCCCUUCUUUAUAUCUGUGAACCAAGUCAUUUUUGUUUUUGUUGUGAUACGUACUUUACCAGACAAAAUUACAAAUGACACUCCUCUGUAUUAUUUUAUUAAAUGUGGGGAUAGCUAAUGACGAGGCUGGGUAAACAAAUCUAAAUACCAAUUCCAUUUUGGUUAAUAUAAUACAUUCAAAUAUUGAGACAUCCCUUUCCAACCAACCUUUAAGAAUGGUUUUGCUUUUAGAAAUUGAUUUAUAAUAUUAUUCUGAAUAUUAAGAUUACUGUCUUUAGUAACAGUAAUUCCUAAGUAUAGACUUUCCUCAGUAAAGAUUCUAAAUCACUGCCAUGAAUUGCAAUUAAUUCACAUUUUAUUUAUAUUUAGAUGUAGUCCAGAUGCAUAGGAGAAGAGAUUAACUAGCAGAAUGGCUUUGUCAAUUCAAAUUUUGUUCUUUGAAGAGCCCCUAUUAUGCAUUAAAAAAUAUAAUAUUUUGGUUUUGGGGGUCUCCAACAACAGUCUGAAAUGCAUGUAAGGUCAAAUAAAACUUUCAGUGUUUUAUAAUAUGCAUAUAUUUUUACCUAAUUAUCCCAAUGACUCACAUAUGAAUCAUUCAGCGAAAAUUAAAUAAAUAAAAAAAGUCAAACUGAGACAAAAAAUGACUCAUGAUGGGAAUGGGUCAGAACCCUUCAAUUCUGGUGGAUCAAGCAAGUCAUCUAACAAUAAAAAAAGAAAGUACUUGAAAGAUCGCAUUCACUCCGGUAAAAUUCUAAAUAUGUGCAUUAAAAGUUGCAUAAACUGCUUUGAAACUUGCAAUGUUUGUAAGGAAACUGUAUCUUUUCAUACUUACUCAAGGUUCUGCCUUGGCUACGUUCCGAUUGGGACAGAUUAUCCCUAACUUGUGUGUUAAAAGUGUCACGUGGGACGCCCCCGUCCAGGUUCAGCCUUGGUUGAUAGCUCAUAGGGGGAAUUAAUCCCUUUUGCAGCACAAGGAGGUGCUGGGCUGGACAAAUCUGUCCAGGUCAGCAAAUGCUUUGAACGCCCAGAAGGCCUUGAGUCCAAUUCUGUAUAUUAGCAAGCUUCUCCCGGGACAGCUCGGUCCUUUGAGAUGCAUGAAUAGGUCAGGACAGGGCAGCUGUGGAGUGGAGGUUAACUUUAUGGAGGUAAGUCUUAUUAGUAAAACUAUUAGUAAGUUUAUAGUAUGUAUUUAUUUUCUUUAGUGAGUGAUCUUUCACAGCCUCCACAAGAUUUUAAUGGAGAGGUGGAUUUAGAUAUGUUUUGAAAGGCACUGACAGAAGAACGAAUUGCUCGAGAAUUUUUUUCAAGUAAGGAAAUUUAUUAUAUCAGGAAUGGCAUGUCAUCAUUAUUUAAUUUCAUAAGUGUUUUCAGGAGUACAAUCUAAAUUCACUGAUGUACUAACAUUUUUGUUUGUCCUAAAGGUCAAAAAAACAAUCCAUUUUGUGUUACACCUAGUUACAACUUUUGGGCACCCUGGAUCGGGAGUAAGACUCGCAUAGCGAAUGUUGUUCUCAACACUGAAUUUGAGAAAGUGCCCAAAGCAAAAACUGCAGAACGAACAGAAAUAACUGUCUCUGAAGAUCGCUUAAAGGACGAACUUUCAAAACAGAAAGUGGGAGUGAUAAGAAGACUGUGUCAAGAGUGUGGUUUAGAUGCCAAAGGCUCUCGCACAGAUCUACUCCUGCGACUUUCGGAGGAGAUGAGGUCAAGGGAGGCCUAUGACAAGGUUUUUGAAAAGAUUUGGGCUGCUUCAGGAGGUUGGGCUGUCAUCAUGUGUCCUUGUGGCAUAGUUUACAGUAUAAAAUGUAAUCUGCGAGCAGAAAGUCCACGGGAUUUUGCAGAUAUGCUUCUGUCUUGGAAGCAUCUGCCUAAUGUUGUUAUUUAUGACUUUGCCCGUGGACUGUCCGCCCACACAAAUUUGAGGCAACCCAUAACUUUCACACCUUUCAAGGGAAGGUUACUCGAACCAACCACUGAAAAUAUUGCAAAAGCAAAAUCAGGAAAAUUACAGGUAACUCUGCCAUGGCUCACUGCAAAAAAGCAAAGUCCAGAUCCGGAUGGUCAUCCAAUAACUGGUCCUGCAGAACACUAUGUUCUGUAUGACCGCUUUCACGAAGACAACACAAAAGAUCCUCGUGAUUCACUGAGGAAGCUUCGUCUUGUGCCUCAACUAGCUGGCAAAGUUAACAAUCAGGCUGCAGAACAGCUUUUUUCAAAGCUAAAGAAAAAUAACUACUUUAUGAACAUGGCAUUGCCAUCCACACAUGUUUUCCUCAUGCGAAACAUCAUCCACCAUUACAACGUCAGAAAAAACGAGAAACGUCUUCAUGACAUAAAAAAGGAAUUCAACACAAACAUUCACAUGAAUGACCACAGCCAGGUUGUGUUAGAAAAUCCAUCCUCCACAGAGAAAUGCAUGGACAUGUCACUUGGACCACUGACAGCACUGCCAGAAAAUAUUGUGACUUUACAAACGACCGCUGCAUCACCAGGCAUAACAUCAGUCCCAUCUCCUCUGUCAUCAGUACCAAUUACAGAAAAAAACAGCUUGUGAACCUACCACUCUUCUGAAUUUUUUGGAACCUACUAAGCCUUGGGAGAGGGACUGGCAUCCAUUACAAGAGAAACUGCUUGAUUAUGUGCUGGACCGAAAUCGCCCUGGCAGUGAAAUAAUUUUGAAGGAGGGG